UAAAUCUUGAGUCUGGUUGGAUUGAAAAGCAUCACAGCUUUUCAGAUUAAAAGUCGUAGACUUUUUGUUAAAAAUACCACCAUGUGUUUUAUUGUGAAAGGCUGUGCUCAGAGGGUGAGUUGUGAAGGACUCUCAGCUACAACCACACCUGGGUCCAGUUCUUCUGUAAAACGGGAUGAGACGGAUCCUUCAGGACCAGGCUGGACCUCCUCCCGGGGCCGGACCCUCCCCUCGCACCACCCGGUCUCUUAAGAACCGUCCUCCCCGGUGGUCCUCAGCUCGGGACUAAGGGGGACCGUCUGAGCCCGGCAGGAGACAUGUUGCUGCACUCACUGUUCUUCUGGAUGCUGUCAGCCUGUGGUUCCGACCUGGGUUUGGGUUUUGUCUUCGGUCGACCCAGACGAGAAGAAGGGACUUCAGGCAGAGCAGAGUCUCGCCCUGCCUCUCAGAGCGUCCCGACCUCUGGAUCCUGCAGGAACAGGUGUUUUGAGCUGCAGGAGGCGGAGCUCCCAAACUGUCGCUGUGACAACCUGUGUAAGACCUACAACGCCUGCUGCUCAGACUUCAGCCAGCUCUGCCUUCGAACAGAUGGGGGUUAUGAGUGCAGCAAGGAUCGCUGUGGGGAGAGUCGGAGCGAGCAGCACGCCUGUCACUGUUCUGAUGACUGUCUGAGCCGAGGAGACUGCUGCACCAACUACAGAACGCUCUGCAAAGGAGACUCCUCAUGGCUGCAGGACGAGUGUGAGGAGAUCAGGACGGCUGAAUGUCCUGCAGGGUUUGUGCGUCCUCCUCUCAUCAUCCUGUCAGUGGAUGGCUUCAGAGCUUCUUACGUGAAGAGAGGGAACACGGUCAUACCCAACAUGAACAUGUGGAACACACGCUCCUUACAUGAGGCCUGUUUACCCUUCAAAAACCUUCCCUAACCUCUACUCACUGGCUACCGGUCUUUAUCCUGAGUCUCAUGGCAUCGUUGGAAACUCCAUGUUUGAUUCAGUGUUUGAUGCAUCGUUUAACCUGAGGAGCCGAGAAAAACUGAACCACCGCUGGUGGGGWGGACAACCGAUCUGGAUCACAGCGCUCAAACAAGGAGUUAAAGCUGCCACCUUCUUCUGGCCUGUACCUUAUGUUUAUGCCAUGCACGGUGACCUCCCGGACACAUAUGGACACAGGAUGGGACCCCUGAGCUCAGACUUAAACAAUCCUCUGAGGGCGAUUGACCGAAUCAUCGGCCAGCUGAUGGACGGACUGAAGCAGAUGAAGCUACAUCGAUGUGUUAACAUCAUCCUGGUGGGGGAUCAUGGCAUGGAAGAAGCUCACUGUGACCGCACAGAGUUCCUCAGUAACUAUCUGACGAACGUUGAUGACAUCAUCCUCAUUCCUGGAUCUCUUGGCAGAAUACGCUCCAGAUAUCCCAACAACCCAAAAUAUGACUCCAAGGCUAUUGUUGCAAACCUAACAUGUAAGAAAACAGACCAGCACUUUAAACCGUACCUGAAACAACACCUGCCCAAGAGGCUUCACUAUGCCAACAACCGACGCAUUGAAGACAUCCAUCUGCUGGUGGAGAGGAAGUGGCACGUUGCCAGGAGAGUUCCUGAGGGGAGGAGGCCCUGUGGCCUGUCAGGAGACCAUGGCUACGACAAUAAGAUCAACAGUAUGCAGACUAUUUUCUUGGGCUAUGGACCUACAUUUAAAUUCAAGACUAAAGUUCCAGCAUUUGAAAACAUUGAGCUUUAUAAUGUCAUGUGUGAUCUGCUGGGUCUGAAACCAGUCCCCAACAAUGGAACSCAUGGUAGUUUGAACCACCUGCUGAGAAGUCCGACCUUCAGGCCCACCAUGCCAGAGGAGGUUUCCAAACCCACAGCCUCCAAUCUUGUUCCUGUAGUUACAAAUGACUUGGGAUGUGUCUGUGAUGAAAAGAACAAAGUGGAGGAGCUAAACCAGCGAUUGAGGCAAGCAAACGAUGACAGCAGGAACCUGCCGUUUGGUCGACCUGCUGUCCUUUUUCACACUAAAUACACCAUCCUCCACCACAGUGACUUCAUCAGUGGCUACAGUGAAACUCUGUCCAUGCCCCUCUGGACGUCCUACACUGUCAGCAGACAGGUAGAGGUGUCUUCUCUGCCUGACGUUCUGUCCACCUGUCUGAGACCAGAUGCCAGAGCUCCUCCGGCCUUUAGCCAGUCUUGUACCAACUACAGAGCAGAGAGACACAUUACGUACGGCUUUUUGUAUCCUCCACAGCUGUCGUCAAACUUGGACAAAAAGUACGAAGCUGUCCUCAUCACAAACACUGUGCCCAUGUAUCCUGCAUUCAAGAGAAUAUGGGGUUACUUUCAGAAAACCUUGGUGAAGAAAUUUGCUACGGAAAGAAAUGGAUUAAAUGUCCUUGUUGGACCGAUAUUUGACUAUGACUACGAUGGAGUGAGAGACUCAGCUGAGAAAAUAAAAGAGUACAUGACAGGAGCAGUCCUCAUCCCUACACACUUCUUUGUGGUYCUGACCAGCUGUUUGGACUUCACCCAGGCUGCAGACUCAUGCAGCAGACCUCUGAACAGCGCUGCUUUUAUCCUGCCGCACAGACCCAACAACGACGAGACCUGCAACAGCUCAGAGGACGAGUCCCGCUGGGUGGAGGACCUGAUGAGGAUGCACACAGCUCGGGUCAGAGACGUCGAGAUCCUGACGGGCCUGGACCUGUACCGCAGAACCACCCGGAGCUACGCCGAGAUCCUCUCUCUCAAGACAUUCAUGCACACCUAUGAGAGUGAGAUCUGAGCCCUGCAGCUCUCAUGUUGCUGAGCUUUAAACAGCUGUGGUGGAUGGUUGUGGUACCAGGAGGAGAUUCAGUUUUCUCCACUAUCCGGGCCGGCAUCUUCUGCUCUGCAGAACCCAGACUCUUCUACACGGAGCGUUAUCAUCUGCUUCAUCGUGGCCUGAAGGCAUACAGGCAAUGAUGUUAUUUCCAGUGUGUGUGUGUGCGGGCUUGUGUGGAUGCGUUUGUUGGUCUGAACUGUUAGCAAAAUAUCUCAUGAACCACUGGGCUGGUUUUAGUGAAUCUCCAGAAUUCUUGGCUGUCCGUCUACAACUGAUUCACUUUUGGAGUUAACUCRAUUCAAGGUUCUACCUGAGAAAGGUUUGUGCACAAAAAGGUUUUUAAUAAUUUUAAGAAAACUGGUGCUGUUGUUUAGUAAGGCUUCCAUAUUUAAAAACAUACCUUGUAAAAUCAAACCUGUGUUGUUCUACAUACUGUACUUGUGAGAUCUGYUAAUUGUGGGUCAGAUCUCAGAGGUUUUAAAACUAGAACGGUUCAGCAGGAAUUUACUCAGGUUUGAGUUCACUCAUUAAACUUUGUCUAUUAAGGAAGAUUUGUUUUUCAGGUGGAAUGAUGAUAAUGUGUGUACAGGUGUGUGUGUUUGACUGAUCAGUGUGCUUUAAUUUUACUUUGUGCUCAGUAACAAUACGUUUACUGUUAUUCAGCUAUUUUUCUAAAAAUAAGAACAGUGUGAUUGACCUAUUUAUGUUUAUGUAAACGUUUUCUAACAAUAAAGAGUUUUUAGUAAA